UUCACUUGCUCCAGUCUCUCUCUCCCGGGCGGGUGGCGCACCGACCCCAGCGCUCCAUACACCGCUCUCCGCUUCUUACAUCCAUUCAGCUCGAUUCCGCCUCGUUGUCCGAAGAUGACCGUGACUACUGCGGGGCCAUCCACGAGCCUAAACUCCUCCAACCGCGGAGAGUAGAUCCGGAGCCGAGGAGAGAGAGAGAACACCCACCUCUCUCUCUUCUCUCCACAUCAUCUGCCUCAAUCCUCUGGGCAGCAAACCGACAGCUGAGGACACGAUUUACAUGAUAUCUGCCUAAAUCUAUCUCUCACCCACCAACAUUUUCCUGCUUUCGGGGUCUCAAGGCAGGUCUAGACGUGAUAUUGAGGACGUAAUUUCAUAAAAGGAUUGUUUUUCUCUGUGUUCGGUGAAGAUGGAUAAUGUCAAUGUAGAGUCGGUGGAGAAAGAGUGCGGAGCGCUUGGUGGAUUAUUCCAGGCGAUUGUCAAUGAUAUGAAGUGUUCAUAUCCUGUCUGGGAAGACUUCAGUGCCAAGGCCACCAAGCUGCACUCUCAACUCCGAACCACCGUGCUAGCAGCAGUGGCCUUUCUGGAUGCCUUUCAAAAGGUGGCAGACAUGGCAACCAACACAAGAGGUGCCACCAGGGACAUUGGAUCAGCGCUGACCAGGAUGUGUAUGAGGCAUCGCAGCAUUGAGGCUAAACUACGCCAUUUUACCAAUGCUUUGAUGGAGAGCCUGAUCACUCCUCUACAGGACCGCAUUGAAGACUGGAAGAAGACAGCCUAUCAACUGGACAAGGAUCAUGCCAAAGAAUACAAACGAUCUCGUCAUGAAAUUAAGAAGAAAUCUUCAGACACAAUGAAAUUGCAGAAGAAAGCCAGGAAAGGCCGGGGAGACCUUCAGCCUCAGCUGGACAGUGCGAUGCAGGAUGUGAAUGACAUGUACUUGCUGAUGGAGGAGACAGAGAAGCAGGCAGUGCGGCGUGCUCUAGUGGAGGAGAGAGGACGCUUCUGUACCUUCAUCGGCUUCCUGCAGCCUGUAGUGAAUGGAGAGAUUGCCAUGUUGGGAGAGAUCACUCAUCUCCAGGCCAUUAUUGAUGACCUCACUGUGCUGACCUCUGAUCCCCACAAACUGCCCCCAGCCAGCGAGCAGGUAAUUAAAGAUCUUAAAGGGUCAGAUUACUCUUGGUCCUACCAAACUCCCCCCUCCUCCCCCAGCAGCUCCGGCUCCAGGAAAAGCAGCAUGUGCAGCAGUGUAAACAGCACUCAUAGUAGUGCCUCUCGAUCCUCUGGUGGCUCUCAGACUCACUCACCUAGUUCGUCCUGUCGCUACCGCAGCCUGGCCCAACCGCUAACGACUGCCACACACCGCCUCAGCAGUGUCUCCUCCCACGACUCGGGCUUCAUCUCCCAGGAUGCCAAUGUUUACUCCAAACCUCCAUCACCCAUGCCCUCCGAUAUAACCAGCCAGAAGUCAUCAAGUUCAGCGUCUUCAGAAGCAUCUGAGACGUGUCAGUCAGUUAGUGAGUGUAGCUCUCCCACUACAGAUUGGUCCAAGGUAGGUUCCAAUGAACAACCAUUGGCCAGCACACUUCAGAGGAGGAAAGAGCCUUUGGAUAGGCUGAGGGAGGCAGAAAGCUCUCCUCAGUCCCAGGGCUAUUCUGGUAUGCAUUCGGAAGAGCCCCAGAGGCAAAGGAUGACUCCUGCAACCAUAGCUGCCAAGCAUGGUGAGGAGGUCUCCCCAGCUGCUAGUGACCUGGCUAUGGUGCUGACACGAGGCCUCAGCAUGGAGCAGCAGAAGAGCAGCCGAGACUCCCUUCAGUACUCAAGUGGAUAUAGCACUCAGACAACCACACCAUCCUGCUCAGAAGACACUAUCCCCUCACAGGGCUCCGAUUAUGAUGGCUACUCAGUGAAUGGAGACACUGAGGCCGAUGGCCAGGCUGAAUUCGAUAAAUCCUCCACUAUUCCCCGUCACAGCAAUAUCGCCCAGAACUACCGGCGCAUGAUACAAACUAAACGCCCUGCCAGCACAGCGGGCCUGCCCAGUGGAGUCGGCGCUAUGGGUGGACCACCUGGUGGAGGCGGUGGGGGUGGUAUGCCUGGCACUGCCACCAUCCGCCGAACACCAUCCACCAAGCCUGGGGUGAGACGCACCCUCUCCAAUGCUGGCCCUAUUCCUAUACGCCCACCCAUUGUACCAGUUAAGACCCCCACUGUGCCUGACUCACCCGGUGGACAAACAGGUCCUCCUGCCCGCGUGGGCAGCGAAGAAUGUGUAUUUUAUGUGCCGGAUGAUGCUUCCCAAGGUGCCCUGGAAUACGUGAAGGCUUCUCCAAAGCGCUUGAGCCUGCCUAACACAGCUUGGGGCGCGGGGGGCAUGGGCGGUUUAGAGAUGAGCGUUUAUGGCCAACCAGGGGAAGAAGACCAUCUACUGGCCGCCAAUCGCCACAGCCUGGUGGAGAAGAUCGGUGAGCUAGUGGCCAGCGCUCAUGCCUUAGGUGAGGGCCAGUUUCCUUUUCCCACUCUUCCGAAUCAGCCCCCACCAGGCCCUGAGUCCGAGUCUGACCAACAAGUGCCCCAGGAGGGUGAGGACAUGCUCGUGUCCAUUCGUCGAGGGGUGCGACUGCGAAAAACCAUCUCCAAUGAUCGUUCCGCGCCCCGUAUUUUGUGAUGGCUUCUGGAAAGAUGGAAGAAUUAGACUCAGAAGUAACCCAGAAAAAUACUUCACAUUGACUCUUUAGAAAAUGAGCUGUGAUAAGAAGAUAUAAAAAAAAAAAAAAUCAAUGUUUAAAGUCAUUAGAGAAAAUACAAUGAAUAACAAUAAUGAAAAAAGUAAAUGAUAUGUAACAACAGGCUCAGGCCACUAUAACUCGUAGCGUGUCUGAACGCAUGUUUGUCUUAUUAACACGCCCAUCACCACGGGAUAGUUGAACUGUAGUGAGACAAUUAACUACUGAAAGAACAAGGGACCAGUAUGUUGGGGGAUAUUUGUGGUCUCCCCCAUUUCCACUCCAUGGUCCCCCUGAAAUAACAGCCCUCUCCAAACUAUGGGCCCCAGGAAUCAGUGCUGGAGAAGCUCACUCAAAUUCAGGGGUAUGCAGGGGCUCUUCACAAAUCUUUGCCCUCCACAACACUCUC